AUGGGGAGGUUGAGGCCGGCCGCAGGAGAGCUCCACCGGAGCAGCGUGGCCGGCAGGGGGCUCUCCGCGCCGGCCUUCGCGGGAGGACGCGCCGGCAGCCGCUCUGACCGGCCAGAGGAGGAAAAGGGAAAAUUACUGGAGCUCGGGGGCGGGAAGGGCUGCCUAGGGCCGCGCGAGCGAGCGGAACUCCCCCAACUUUCGAGGGGUCUCGCCGCCCCGCUCCUCUCCCCCGCAGCGCCGGGCUCGCGCUCCCUUGGGGAGGGGGCGGCGGCGGCCCCCAGGUCCGGGCAGGUUAAGCGAGGCCGCGGCGCCCGGUCCGGCGCGCGCGCAGGGCUCCGGGACGUCGGGGCGUGGGGCCCGGCUCGCAGCUACUUCCCCGACCCCCGGCGGCGGCGGCGGCGGCGGCGGAGGCGGCGGCGGCGGAGCGGGCUCGGCGGUGCGGGAGGGCGCGGCCUGCGGUGGGAGGCGCCCCGCCUGGGGCUCGGCCCCGGCCCUGCGCCCCGCAGAUCUGAGCGCAGGUUUCUAGGUACAGACUUACAAGCCCUCGUCACUGGAGAAGAUGGCUGUUUGCAGGACCCUGACCACGUGAUCAUCCUUCCGGCCAGCCUUCCUCCUUCGGGCCCCUUACUCCUGGGCUCUGGUCAUCCCAGCCAUGCCUCCAUACCAGCUCUGCCAGAGACCAUUUUUAAAGGGCUGGGUCUGCUCAGGAGCGUCCGCAUUAAGAUCUGCCCAGGAGAAGGGACAACUUCAAGCAUCCAGAGAACUCUCUGGCCAUGCACCCACGAGCUAGAGAUGGAAGAGAUUCUGGCAGCCCGGCCUUCAGAGCCUGAUCGAGGAGAUGUGACCAUUUGCAGUUGGCAGAAUUUCACGUCCAUUAUUUUCUCUGCCGCUCAGAGCCCUCUUUUGAUCCUCAUUCUACGGAUGGAGGGAGUGAGGCAAAAGCGAUCAGGAGACUCGCCGGGAGACACAGCCAAGGAUAGGGCAGCGCUGGGGUUCGGGGCUGCAGCCUUGGACUCCCGCUGCCAGUGCUCUUUCAGAGGACACUUCCACGGAGAACCCUGGGAGAUGUCUGGCACAGAGAAGAUGCUCACUUAAUGUAGGUGCACUGCUCCAGAAGUGAGGUCUGGGUCUCAGUGUGUUGGAGGGUGCCUUCCGUCCUUAUCUCUACAAAGGUGACCUUUCCUUCCGCUUCCUCUCUGGCUGUCCUGCCCUGGCCGGACCCCAUAGAGAUCGUGGUUCUGGCUUGAGACGCUGCAUUCCUCUCUGGCCGGGCCCGCCGAGACCCAGAGCCCAGGGAGGACUCCUUCCCCUCCUUGAUGCUCGUCCUGCAAGUCCAGACGCCGUCAACUCCAAGGCGUUCCCUCUGGGCCCGGGCCAGAGUAGCUGCGGCCGAGCUCCUCCCUCCCCCGCCAGCCUCCUUGGGUGCAGACAGCCCAGCACAGGCAGGAAGGGCCUUCUGUUUGCCUUGGCUGGUGGGGAAGAGAUUAGUGCUCGCUUUCUGUUUGGACUCUUGUAUCUAACUAACAGGCAGGCCCGUGAUGUCGAAGCAAAGCACACUUGAGCCUUGAAUGAGUUUGGGCCCUGUUCCUGAGGCCCGGCCACUGCAGAGGUGUCUGGAGGUAGGAAGGGGUGAUAACACCACCCCUUGGUUAUAUGCAGAAAUGUAAUGGCCGUCUGUCAGCUGUCCCUACCCAGAGUCCACGGCCCUUACUUUGGGUAAUGCCUCCUCAGAAGACCACUUCUCCCCGACCUCGACUUUAGAGGCAAGCAUGGAUCCCCGGACACACACGGAGACUCCCCCUUGGUGGUUUUGCAGCAGCUACGGGGAAAGAGGCGUUUGCUUUUUUGUGGGAUUUGCCAGGCUGAUGGAACUGCUGGCGGCCAUCCUGUUCUCUGCUUGAGGUCAAAGCCAACAAAGAAGAAAAAGCUCAGAAAUGGAGAGAAUAUGCGGUGCAGAUAUCCAUAAGCCCCUGGAUUGAGCCAUGCCUGAAGCUAACUCUACUCCUGGAUUAACCCGAUUAUAUGAGCCAAUGCAUUUCUUCUGUGCUAACAUUAUACUAAGUGGGGUUUCUGUCAUAGAAAGGAGCCUAAUAAAACAGUGUUUUUCUUUGGUCUCAUUAAGAAAAAAAAAAUCAACUCUGAGGUAUACUUUGCAUGCAAUAAAAUCUAUCCAUUCGAAGUGCUCAAGGCCUAAAUUUUAUCAAAUGUGUACACCCUGGUAACUACCACUGCAGUCAAGAUGUAGAACGUUUCAAGUUCUCUUAUUCCCCUUUAUAGUCCUUUACCCUGAACAACCACUGACCUGCCUUUGUUGUAGAGAUUAAUUUUGCCUUUCUAGAACUUCAUAUAAAUAUUAUCAUUUAGUGU